UUAGAGUUACACAGAGAUUUAUUCCCAUGAAAACUUUAUUCUAACUCCACUAUCAUGUCUCUGUGACCCAGCUGAGAGAUCCUGUGGGUUUGUGAUGUCAUUUUAACCAGAGAAAGUUCUUUUAUAAGACGUUGUGAAGCGCGAGGCAUCAGGGGACCAAUCAGGUGUGAGUUGAACGCGCACGAGAAGCCUGUACCUGAGAAGCCUUCACCUGUAAACGCACUGAGUCCAAACUCAAGCAGCGUUUAGUGCCUCUGUCACCUGCAGCCACCUGCAGCCACCUGCAGCCCCUUGUCUAACACCUGAGAAAGCGUUAAACAAACAAACAAACAAACAAACAACAAACAUCAAAACAACAGCAAAGUGAGCAGUCAUGCCAAGCGUAAAGGUUGUGUUGUUAUGUUGUCUCGGUUUGCUCGGGGUUUCACGCGCCGCUCCGGAGGACGUUUACACCAAGGUGCUUCGCCUGCUGUCUCCUGGGGAACAGAACCUGAGGGACUCCGCGCUUCGCUCCUUAUUGAAGCUUGUGGAGAAACGUGUGCAGUGUAGCGGCGUGUCGUGUGGAAAGUGUCUGUCAGAGGACAGUGUAGGGCAGCUGGUGAGUAACUACUCCAGCUCCAGUGGUGUGCAGGUGGACGGCUUCUUCAGGUUGGCUGCUGGAUGCUCGCUGCUGCUCAGCUCCCCUUCAAACACCUGCACAGCCAUCAGAGAGGGACGCUGGGAGCAGGAGACCAGGCACUUCAUCCACAUGCUGUUGGACCACAGUGAACACAGCCUGGAGGAGCUCUUACAUGAUAUCCAAGAGCAUUAUAUGCCUGAACAUCAUGAGCACUGCCUCACUCUGGCUGACAUCCUGAACGAGAGCGAAGUGACUCUGCCUGAUGGAGACCAUCAUCACACUGACCAUCACACUGACCUCUAUACUGUGUUCGGUGUCCUACUCUACCACGUCUUACUGGGAGACUGCAUCACCUCUCACAGCCUUCCUCCUGAGGACUUCUUCCUGGAUUACGUAUUCACCCACUACGGCCCAGACCGCAUCACUCUUCAAGACCUCGACAGGUUGAUGAAAGCUCUGAACCUGGGAGAGAAAAAGGCUAAUGACGUUGAGCAUGACCACAGCCACGAGACCCAUAAUGAAGACAUGAGACUCAUCCAACAUGAUGAAGAGGGCCUCGGGCAGAGUCGCGAUGUGCCUCGGGCCUCCAACAACAGCUGGGACACGGGCUGUUUCAGUGCCAAGGAGUUGCUGAUGAUCUACCAGAUGAACAGCUCCGGACUGGACAGAGAUCAGUUCGCUCGUCUGAGCCCAGCUCUGAUCCAGCAGCUCCUUAAUAAAUCCUGUACUGAGACCAAACCCGCCCCGACCCCGGUGUCCGACUCCCUCAGCACCACAGAGCGAUACGUGUACGCUACCCUGGCCAACACGCUGAUCUGUCUGACGGCCAUGUUCGGGAUCGUGGUGCUGCUGUGUACGACCUGCAGCAGCCUGUUCCAACUGUGCAUUCAGUUCUGCAUCAGUCUCGCCGUGGGCUCGCUGACGGGUGACGCGCUGCUCCACCUCCUUCCCACGUUCUUGGGCUUACAUGUGCACAGCGAUGGAGCAAGUGAAACCGCACAUGACUCUACAUACAUCUUCAAACUGCUGGUUCUUUUGGGAGGGAUCUAUUACUUCUACCUGAUGGAGACCAUGUUCUCAAUCUUCACUUACAAAGACAAACACUCUCCUCACCAUCACCAUGCUGAGGACGUCGAGCCGCACCACUGCGACCACGGCAAAGUGCUGCAGAUGUACCAGAAGGAGCAAAAGAGCAAACUCUCCACCUCCCAAGCAGACCUGGUAGAUGGAGAAAAAAAGUCCUUCCCAGAAGCAGAAGAAACCCCUCGUUCAAGAGAGCAACGCCUGCUUCCGUAUAUGAUUACAAUCGGCGACAGCAUUCAUAACUUCGCAGACGGUCUGGCCAUCGGCGCCGCCUUUUCAGUCUCCUGGCGCUCGGGAUUGGCUACAUCUCUGGCUGUGCUAUGCCAUGAACUUCCACAUGAGCUAGGUGAUUUUGCUGUGCUGCUGCACUGCGGUGUGUCGGUGAAGAAAGCUCUGCUGUUAAACGUAGGCAGCGCUCUGACCUCCUUUAUCGGUCUCUACACCGCUCUCUCGAUCUCCACCGACUCUGCAGCCAAAGAGUGGAUAGCAGCGGUCACGGCAGGCCUCUUCCUCUACGUAGGGCUCGCCGAUAUGCUUCCCACCAUGAUUCACGUGGACAGCAAGAAGCCAUGGAUGACAUUUCUGCUGCAGAAUCUGGGGUUGCUUUCUGGCUGGGGAAUCUUACUGCUGCUCUCUUUUUACGAGGACAAGAUAGGCAUCUAGAGAACUUUUUUUUUUUAACCCCUGAUAGUCAGGUUAAUUUAUGUCUUGCUUCUAGUCCAGGGCCCGUAUUCAUAAAGAUUCUUAUAGGAAAGAGGUUCUCCUAGUGAUGUAAUUCUAAGAAAAUACUUUGAAAUGUUGGCGUUUGCCCUUAAAAUUAAGGAGAAGAUCGUAGUAAAGAUUAAAGUUCUUCAUAAAGCAUCUUAACCCUUAAAACAGCUCAUAAGGUCAAAAGGUGUUAGGAGUGGUGAGGAGGACGUUUAAGAGGACCAAGAGUUUCUUUAGCAGAGGAGAAAAUGUCCAAAAUGUGAAGAGGGAGGAUAAACGUGUUGUAUACAAUAUGUAAUAAUGACAGUGAGUUAAUAAGAUGAUACAGAUUAGAUGGUGUAGGGAUUCUUUGUGUGACUAAUCAUAUUAGAGAUCACAUCUUUGACACAGCGCAGAAACGCCAUAUAUAAUCACAGUCUUCCAAAGAACGUCACCUAGUAACCUAGUACCUAGUAACACCUAGUUAAGCCCCGCCUCCUGACUAACAUUUUUAUAUUUUUCCUUGUUCAGAGUUGCUCUGAGUUUGGUCCUGAAUCACUCUGAAGAUAAGAUUCCUAGUUAGAAAUGUUUAAGCUAAAUUGGGAGCUCUCUCAGAUCAUACAGUCUUUAUGAAUACGGGCCCUUAUAUAUGUGUGUGUGUGUGUGUGUGUGUGUGUGUGUGUGUGUGUGUGUGUGUGUGUGUGUGUGUGUGUGUGUGUGUGUGUGUGUGUAAAACCUUUUUUUUGUUCAGCCAUUUUGGCUGAAAUAUUUUUGGUGGCCACAGUUCAGUGUAUGUACUUGUUGAACAUCCAAUUCCAUAUCUAGUCCUAGUCCAUAACCUCCACUCUAUUUACCUAGUCAUUUCCACUAGAUGUUGGACCAUUGCUCUGGGGCUUUGUGCUCAUUCAGCAGGAGGUCUGGAGUGUUCCAUUUCAUCCAAAAGGUGGUCACUGGGGUUGAGUCAGAGUCAGAGCUCUGAGCUGGACACUCAAGCUCAUCACUCCAUUCUUCUCAAAUUAUGACUUAAUGGAACUCACUCCUCCUUUCCAGUGAAGGGAAAUUGUAAUUUUACAGCAUACACACACAUUCUAGACAAGUGUGGCACACCGUGUCAGGAAGAACCACGUGUGGAUGUGAUGAUCAGGUGUGCACUAACAUUUGGCCAUAUACAUACGUUAAAAUGCAGAACUUCCUCCUAAAAAUUCAUAAAAACAUAUAAUGGCCAGAAAUAAAAGGUAGAUGUGGAUUGUAGUUGCUGACGUUUGUACAUUGCAUUUUUAUAUUUUUCUUCAGAAGUAUAUUAAUGAUAUUCCAAAUGUAUAACGAUCGAUAGUAAUGUUAUGGUUGUUUUUUGUUCUGUUAUCAAUUUAUGACCAAACAGAUAAGUUUAGCAGCUCGAUAUUACACAACAGUAAACAAGGCAACACUGCCCCUUUUUUUUUAUUCACUAAGUGUAUAUACUGUACGAAACGUGCUUUUUAAGCCGACUGCAAAUAAAUACAAAUGGAAUUAAACAUU